AUGACUAACCAUGUGGAGGUACCCAUGGCGGAUGGCCCCCACAUCAGCCUGGAAGAUUUGCCGAAACCUUGCCAAGACAAGCACUGUGGCUGGCUCGUGCGAAACCUGUUGCUCACUCUCACCAUAUUUGGGGUGAUUUUGGGAUCUCUGCUUGGGAGUCUGUUGAGGUUGCUCCCACCACUUGACAGCGACCUGGUCAUGCUGAUUUCUUUUCCUGGGGACAUCCUUAUGCGCAUGUUAAAAAUGUUGAUCUUGCCUCUUGUGAUAUCCAGUCUUAUUUCAGGUCUGGCUGGUCUGGAUGCCAAAUCCAGUGGGCGCAUGGGCACUCGUGCCAUGGUCUAUUAUAUGUCGACCACAGUGGUGGCGGCCAUAUUGGGCGUCAUUCUGGUCCUGUCCAUCCACCCUGGCAACCCAAAACUCAAGAAGAUGCCCGUGGAAAUGACCCCAAACGAGGAUGUCUCCAGCCUGGAUGCUUUUCUGGACUUGGUCAGGAACCUGUUCCCUGAGAACCUGGUGCAGGCCUGUUUCCAGCAGAUCCAAACCGUCUCGACGAAGGUGCCUGUACCGCCGGUGGUGGUCCGUAAGGAAAACAUCAGUCAGCUAGUUCACACCAAUGGGUCAGUGCUCAACGCGACCAUCACGGAGGUCAAUGUGGGCCCCAGCACCGUGACCCAGAAACAGCUGGAGUUCAAGGCCGGAAUGAACGUUUUGGGUUUGAUCGGGUUCUUCAUUGCCUUCGGCAUUGCCAUGGGAAAGAUGGGGGACCAGGCCAAGCCCAUGGCCGAUUUCUUCAACAUCCUCAACGAGAUCAUCAUGAAGCUCGUCUCUAUGAUCAUGUGGUACUCGCCUUUCGGCAUUGCUUCCCUCAUUUGUGGCAAGAUUGCGGAUAUCAAAGACCUGGAGGUGGUGGCCCGGCAGCUGGGCAUGUACAUGGUGACGGUCAUUGUGGGCUUGGUCAUCCACGGUGCUAUGAUUCUGCCUCUUAUCUUCUUCGUCAUCACCCGCCAGAACCCCUUCAUCUUCUAUGCCGGCAUAUUCCAGGCCUGGAUUACUGCGCUUGGCACUGCCUCCAGUGCCGGGACACUGCCGGUCACUUUCCGCUGCCUUGAAGAGAACCUUAAAAUCGACAAACGGGUGACGCGCUUCGUACUACCCAUUGGCGCCACCAUCAACAUGGAUGGCACCGCCCUCUAUGAGGCUGUGGCGGCCAUCUUCAUUGCACAGAUGAACAGCAUAAAUCUGGACGGGGGACAGAUCGCAACGGUCAGCCUGACUGCCACAUUGGCUAGCGUAGGAGCAGCCAGUAUACCCAGUGCGGGUUUAGUCACCAUGCUUCUAAUCCUGACGGCUGUAGGACUCCCCACCCAAGACGUCAGUCUCCUCAUUGCCGUGGACUGGCUACUGGACCGCAUGAGGACCUCCAUCAAUGUGGUGGGCGAUUCCUUCGGCGCUGGCAUCAUCCACCAUCUCUCACAAAAAGAGCUGGAAAUCAUUGAUGCCAGGGCGGAGGGGCGCGAGCUGGACCCUGCAGCCCUUAAACUGCAAGCUCUGGGCAACCACCAGGGGCCCCUGGAGGGCUCCAUCGGCUCAGGGUACACUGUCCUGCCCAGCCAGGAGGAGGAGGAGCCUCCUGAGAAAAUGGAUGCGGCAUCUCAAUACAGCGAGAAAGAUGAAGAAGGACCAGCUGAUGAUGAAGAGGAAGGAGAAGAGAAGGAAGACAAAGGAGAAUAG